CAGAGCAGCAGCAGACGGAGGGAGGAGAAGCAGAGCAUGCUAGCGGAGGAGGGAGAGGUGGGACAUCAGAGGUUGGUAGACAGAGAUGCGGUGCCACAGUGAGUGUGUCUGCGAGUCUGAGUGCUGCGCAGUUCUUCAUCCUCUCAUCAGGGACCAUGAUGUGCUGUGGCACCACGAUGUCCAGAUUCACUGCAGGAGCAGGGAGUGCAGGUAAAAGUUCACCUUGAGCUGAGGUCCACCAGCAGCGACACUCUGGACCUUUUGGGAUUACAAUAAACGCUCAUUGGUAAUUCAAGCAAGAACAGCUGAGAUUUGGAUCUGACAAACCUGAAGUGGCUCCAGAAUCUCUUCAAACUUUUCUGACUCACACUGAAACAUCUGACCAGAACGAUCUAAGACACCAGAACCAGAAUUCAAACAGGUUCUUGGUUUGGCUGAAACUUGGCCAGUUGUCUGCAAAUCGGGAACCACACAGGUCCAAGUUUGUGGCACCCUCAUCUUAAACUGGAGGCCCGCAAAGCCACAACCAAGCAGGUCCUGGAGCCCAGGAACCCUGGAGCGAGCCUGACCUUGGACCGGCUGCCACCAGAACCCCUGUUGGCACAAGCAGAAACGUCCAGCAUGUCUCAGACCGGAGGACGGAUCCACAACAAAAAGGCUGGCAUCCGGGCCGCGGUCAUCCUGAUCGGACUCCUGCACAAGUCUCGCAAAGCCAAGGAGAAGGAGAGGGAGAAAGAGGAGAGUGAAGGGAAACAGGAGCAGCUGAACAUCUCCAGUGUCCCUCUGGGAGAAUGUCCCCCCUCACCGCCCCGCACUGCACCGCCCAGCAUGAAGUCUGCAGAGUUCUUCGAUAUGCUGGAGAGAAUGCAGAUCCCUAAAGCUGAAGAGACCAAAAAAUGGAAGGAUGAUUAUAUCCCCUACCCACGGAUAGAAGACGUCCUGGAGAAGGGUGGACCGUACCCCCAAGUAAUCCUGCCACAGUUUGGGGGUUACUGGAUCGAGGAUGUGGAGGCACAAGUAGGGACCCCCUCCUCCUCGGAGUCUAGUUUCUGUGAGGAGGAGGACAGAGAAGAUGGCAUGAGCCCUGGUGGGGGGCAUAUUUUCCGCCUGGAGUGUAACAGCACAGCCCGUGCCUACCGCAAACACUUCUUAGGCAAGGAACACAUGAACUACUACUGCACAGGCAGCAGCUUAGGGAACCUCAUCAUGUCCCUGAAACACGAGGAGGCAGAGGGACAGGAGUUCCUGCGCAUCAUGCUCAGGUCGAGGACCAAAACAGUCCAUGACAGGAUCUCUUUAGCAGGCAUCAACCAGCUGCCCAGUGUGCCUCAGAUUGCCAAGCUUCUGUGUGAAGAUGCCACGGGGCUGAAGUUCAACCCGGCCCUGUACCCUCGGGGAUCGCAGUUGAUAGUGGCUUUUGACGAACACGAGGUGAACAACACCUUCAAAUUUGGAGUCAUCUACCAGAAGUUUGGGCAGACGUCAGAGGAAGAGUUGUUUGGGAACAAUGAGGAGACGCCAGCGUUCAAGGAGUUUCUCAGUAUCCUUGGCGACAACAUUGAUCUUCAGGACUUUAAAGGGUUUCGCGGUGGACUGGAUGUGUCCCACGGACAGACCGGGUUUGAAUCUGUCUUCACCGUCUUCAGACAGAGAGAGAUUAUGUUCCAUGUGUCAACCAAGCUUCCCUUCACAGAGGGAGAUGUCCAGCAGCUCCAGAGGAAAAGGCACAUAGGAAAUGACAUCGUGGCAGCAGUCUUCCAGGAAGAGCCCACACCGUUUGUCCCAGACAUGAUCGCCUCCAACUUCCUGCAUGCGUAUGUGCUGGUGCAGGUGGAGAACCCGUGUUCAGAGCACACAACAUACAAGGUGUCUGUGACAGCGAGGGAGGACGUGCCUCCUUUUGGACCCCCUCUCCCAAACCCAGCUGUCUUCAAGAAGGGUCCUGAGUUUCGAGACUUCCUGCUGACAAAGCUGAUCAAUGCUGAAAACGCCUGCUACAAAUCCGACAAAUUCGCCAAACUAGAGGGGCGAACGCGAGCUGCACUGCUGGACAACCUCCACGAUGAGCUGCACAGACAGAGCCAGGCCACGCUGGGCCUGGGCCAGGCGGGAGAGGAGGACAAGCUGGAGAACGGGGGACACGGGGGUCUGCUGGAGUCCUUCAAGAGAGCCAUGCGUGUCAGGAGCCACUCCAUGGAGACCAUGGUGGGGUCUCACCGCCAUCGGAGCCCCGGGGUAGGAGGCGGGGUCCCGGCCAGCCUGAGCGGCGGCGGUCUGCCGCAGAGCACCAGCGAAUGCACAAAGAGCACUUUCACACCUCCAGGGUUGUCAGGCAAGUCUCCACUGAAGAGCCCUGUGAAACGACGCUCAGGCCUCUUCCCUCGUCUCCACUCCAGCACAGAAACCCCCUCGGACAAACACGCACGCGGCGAUCAAAAGUCUGCUGAGUUCUGCCCUCUGUCCCAAGAAGUGAGGUCAGAGACCUCGUCCAAUCCCAGCUCACCUGAGAUCUGCCCCAACAAAGAGAGGCCGUUCAUCAAGCUGAAGGAGUGCAGCGGCGGCAGGCCCAACAUAUCUCGCUCUUCAUCCAGCACCAGCAGCUUCAGCAGCACCACGGGAGAAACAGAGACUCUGGAAGAGCUGGACACAGCUGGUCACCCCUCGACAGCUGCCUCCUCUGCCUUCAGCCCCUCUCUCAGUGUCGACAGCCAGGGAUCAAGUACCCCUGUCAUCAUGUGUCGCAGUCCUACAGAUGGGAAAAAUAAAACAUCGCCAAGGUCAAACUUGAAGUUCCGCUUUGACAAAAUGAGCCACUCAUCUACAGCUUCUGAGUAGCUUCGCGGAACGGAAACUAACAAACUUGCACAACAAAGGGACAACACAAGCUGAUGGAGCUGCAAAAAUAAUAGUAAUUUUCUAGAAAAAUUAAGAAAUCACCACCACAACCACAUAAUCACUGUAGAUCCCUAAAGCCAAGGAUAAUCUGACAAUAUUCCCAACUGCAACAAUACUGUGAGUGUACAGGGAGGAACAGCUGAUUUCUUUUUCAUCAAAUUUUAGCUGCAGAAAUUAGUCGAUGUUACAAGUCGCUGUAUGAGUUGCUAUUUGCUCCCAUCGUCUUAAAAGUCCCGGCAUGGCUGUAAUACUGUGAGCAUAGGCUGAGCUCCACUGUGCCUCAGUUUUUCCUCAAUCAUCUUAUUUGAUAGAGAGAUACAGAGACCUGAACGUGAGACGUUAUGGCCGAACUGUUACUCUGUAUCCAGAGAACUGCGAUCAAGUGGAGAGGACGUCCUCGAGAACUGUCAGACACCAAGAAGUUGCUUUUGCCUUUGGCCUCGAAGGGUACGUCUGACAUCAGUUCCUCUUUUGCCUGAAAUUAAACAAGUACACAAACACACACACAAACACUCAGGCUACAUCUUCACUAUGUUUUCAUUUGAAACUGCAACAUCUUUGCUACGAAUACGUCUGGCGUCCACAUUACUCCGGAGUUUUACCACAGCUAAAAUAGAGACGUUUGGAAACUGCUGGCCCUGCUUCAGUUUGAAAACUCUGGGGCUGCGUUUUAGCCUUGACGGACAGAAAUGGUGACGUUUAGAAACCAUGACGUAGACACUCAUUCGGCCUUUUAUGUCUUUCCUGAGGUAGCCUUCACUGAUUCAUCAGGCUCCUAUGACAUGACCCCGUAAGAAACAAAAGGCCAUUAGCCUCGGCUACCAGUGUAGACCGCAACAUGGAUCAUUAAAUGCAUUGCUGACCCUUGCAGUUAAGUUCUGCUCUUUCCAAUGUUGCAACUGAUCACAUGCGUAGUAGAUAAGAUAUCAUUUAAGCAAUCUAAGACUAUUCGGCAUGCACAUGCCCAUUGAUCGUGAGUGGCCACAUGUUACCUUCACUUCCACCCUGUGAGAACAAGUGCGUGGCUUAGUGUGGAGUUGUAGAACUUUGACUUGUGAUAUUUGUUUUGCUCAACAGACCUUUACUAUGGACAGGGAUUAAAACUGAUACGGAGCUAAAACCUCAUGUUGUUCUAGUUUUGAAAACAUAUUGUGGAUGUAGCCUUACAAUAGCAAAGCCUUGGAGGUGGCAACACUGGGAGUCUUAAUUUUCCUCUGUAGGAUCUGAACUUGUUCUUUGCAUAUAAAAAGGCUUUUAUUGGGAACAUCUUACAUUUAAAACAGAAAAAAAGCUUUUCUAACCUUGCUAGCUGCUGCAUUGUGUCUACUGCGCUGUAAACACAACGCUGCUGAGAUUGAGUCGAUACUAUGACGGCAUUUCUGCGUGGGUGUGUAAGGUUGACUUCACAUCCCUGAACUGAAGUACUUGGUCAGCGGACAUGAGCUCACAUGAGGUACAAUAUGAGACACUGCCAACACAUUAUAUGCCAUAAGCUUUUGUUCAGCCAAAGCUGCGCCUUACAAUCUAUCAAUAGCCCUUUUCACCACUGAUGCGCUCUCUCUUCUUCUCUCUCUCUCUCUCACCGUGUGAGAGGACGAGAAUCUUCUGCAUCUGGUUACAGCACAGACUUGUGGGUAACCUAUCGAUGACCACUUUGGCUGAGAACAGACGUUGCACUUAACUGAAAUCAUUUCACCUUCUGAUACCUCUCAUUGAAGCUUGCUAUAGCUCGGUGUACCUGUGUUUAUGUUCAGAGGUUGUUAAGGUUUCCCCGGCAUGUGCACUGAUGAUAAUGAGGACGAUGACUUGAAAAAGAUGCUUCAGGUUAAAAUUAACCUUUGAACCACUUUUGGCAAAAACACGCUCAAUGUGAAUUUUGAGCUUUUUUUGUAAUUGAAGUUUUAUUUUGUGUAAGUUGUCCCUCAGAAGUAAAUUGCAAAGUCAAGUUGCAAGCACAAUGGGACAAUAGGUCUACUUUAAUCCUCAACUAUACCAUAGGGUUAGCCUGGAGCUGCACAAACUUCUUCGCAAGGCAAAGUGGGAGAGCAUUAAUUAAGAAAAAGCUGUGAGAGACGUCAAUGUGUUUCCAAUGUGACAGAAACUGUGUAGAGAACCAUUCAUGUAGCUAUGAUAAAAGUUUGUGGAGUUCUGUCACAUUAAAACACAGGAAGUCUUAAAGGUUCAGGUCUCCCAAAUUACAAAAACCUCUGUAAUUCAGGCAAAACGUGCCAGGAAGCUGUUCUCAAGGAAGAUGCACCUUUCUGAUGUGACCGGACCAGAAGCUGACGUGGUGACUAAAUAAACUAAUAAACACAGAAUAAUCCUCAGUUAGUGUAGACCAGUGAUUACCUCGAGUGAAGGAAGCAGGAACAGAAACCCUCUGGUCAUUUAGUUUGUAGCAGGUAUCGCCUAAAUGCCCCUGCAGCCUUUUCUCUGUAAAUAGGCUUAAUUUAUUAAAAAAACAUUUUUUGCAUUGAUGUCAUGUAAAAAUAUAAGUGCAGAGUACGUUAAUUAAUAAGGUGACAAUGAUAAAAAGAAAUCUAUUAAUUUAAAAGAUGUCUAAACAUGUAUAUGUAUAUUUGGUUAUGUAACGUGCCAUUGAGAAUUUAUUCUAAAAUAAAAUGUUG